GUUUCCAGCAGCAGCUCUUAAGUUUGGAGAGUUUCUUCAGGGACUCAAGCAAGCUGCUGGAUGUGUUUUGUUUUUCUUCUUGAGAAAUUCAGCAUCAUGCUCUCAUUUGACUUGGACGAUUUGUAUGUGCUUGGAUCCUCAAAAAACAGGCUAAAAGGUAUCAGGAGUUGAAAUGACAUAGAAAAGUCUUCGAAGAGCAGACUGUGAAAUUAACUCCUUCCACUUGAUACUGAAAGAAGAUUAACUGAAACUUCAAGAAUGACGAUCUGCUCACUGGCACGUUACAGGAAAAGCACAUAUAAGGCAACUGAAUAAAGUCUGUGGUAUGAGGGCUUUGUCAGAUAAACUGUCCAAAAGAAGUACAUACUCAGAGACUGUUAUGUUAAAGUGUUGAACUCUGCUUUGUGUGUCCCUCCCUACUACCCCAACACUUCUACAUGUGAAAUGUUUCAGAAGAAGGAGCUGGUGUGGCUUAUUUGUCACUGAACUGCAUUGGAUAUAAAAAAGUAAUGCAGGGUGCAGAGGACAGUGCAGCUUGAACAGUCUUAACCCAGCAUUUGAAAAAGCUUCUGUUUUGCAGCAAAAUAUGACACCUGUAGUUUUGCUCAUUGGUCAUCUCAUUCUACUGAUACCUCUGUUCAGUGCUGUAGAGGAAUGUGUUCUUUGUGAUUACUUCGUGCUUGUUGGAGAGCCUACUGCUAUUACUUGCCCCAUUAUUACACUGCCAGUGCUUCACUCUAAUUACAAUCUGACGUGGUAUAAAAAUGCUAGUGCUACACCAGUAACUACAGAGACAAAUGCCAGGAUCCACCAGCGAGAGGGCUUGCUUUGGUUUAUUCCUGCAAUGCUGGAAGAUUCUGGACCUUAUGAAUGCCGUGUAAGGAGCCUUAACCACUCUAACAAAAAAACUAUAAAUUUAACAGUUUUUAAGAAUGAUAAUGGCUUUUGUUUUAAUGGAAAAAUGAAGUUUGAACAAAAAGUGAUGAGCACAAAUACUGGAAAGAUUAUAUGUCCUGAUCUAGAACAGUUUAAAGAUGAAGACAAUAAUCAACCUGAAGUACAUUGGUAUAAGGAGUGUAAGUCUGGAUUUCUUGAAGACAAGCGACUUCUUUUGGCAGAGGGUGAAAAUGCUGUCUUGAUUCGUAAUGUAACCGUGCAAGAUAGAGGAAACUACACGUGCCGUAUGGUGUACACCUACAUGGGAAAACAGUAUAAUGUUUCAAGAACCAUAAGUCUGGAAGUUAAAGAAAAACCACCACAGAUAAAACCAGAGUUUAUUUAUCCGAAGAACAAUACAAUUGAAGUAGAACUUGGCUCUCAUGUAGUUAUGGAAUGUAAUAUAUCAAGUGGCAUAAAUGGCUUAAUUCCAUUCUGGCAAGUUAAUGAUGAGGAUGUUGAUAUCUUUGAUAAAACCUACAGGGAACAGUUUUAUGAAGAGGGAUUGCCUCAUGGACUUGCAGUAUCUGGAACAAAAUUUAACAUUUCAAAAGUGAAAACAAAGGAUUAUGCUCACAAAUUUUUCUGUCACUUCAUAUAUGGAUCUCAGCAAUUUACAGCCUACAUCAAAUUGGAACGCCCAGCACGAAACAUUCAGGGUUACUUAAUUGGAGGAGGAGUUUCCUUGGUAUUUUUAGUAUGUUUUACUCUCUUUAUCUACAAGAUCUUCAAAAUUGAUAUUGUGCUUUGGUAUCGGGACUCCUGCCAUCCUUUCCUGGGUAAAAAAGUUUCAGAUGAGAAGAUCUAUGAUGCUUAUGUUCUGUAUCCAAAGAACAGAGAGAGCUGCUUGUACUCAUCAGAUAUUUUUGCUCUGAAAAUACUUCCAGAGGUCUUAGAAAGACAGUGUGGAUAUAACCUCUUCAUAUUUGGGAGGGAUGAUUUACCAGGAGAAGCUGUGAUCAGUGUUGCUGAUGAAAAAAUCCGUCAAAGUAGAAGAGUGAUAAUUGUUUUAGUACCAGAACCCUCCUGUUAUAGCAUUCUAGAAGAUGUGUCUGAAAAGCAGCUAGCCAUGUAUAAUGCUCUUAUUCAAGAUGGCAUUAAAGUAAUUCUCAUUGAACUUGAAAAAAUACAAGAUUAUGCAAUCAUGCCGGAAUCCAUCAAAUAUAUUAAGCAAAAGCAUGGGGCUAUCCGAUGGAAAGGGGACUUCUCAGAAAGGUCUCACUCAGCAGGUACCAGAUUCUGGAAGAAAGUGCGCUACCACAUGCCAUCCAGAAAAAGUGAAUCUUUGUCAGGAUUGCAUUUGUUACCAAAAGACUUGAAUUCACCUUAAAUAGCAAAAGGGAAAUGACGCUUAAUGACCGAUUCAGUUCACAUAGUUGGUGAUGGACUGACUGAAAGUCACACGCAUCUGUUUUGUGCAAUCUUAUCCAGAUUUUCUUAAGUGAAGGUACUACAGCUUUAUCUACAGAUGUGAAUCUUUUUUUCUUCUGGCUGGAUCAACAGAACAACUUGAAAUAUCAUCAGUAGCACAUGUAGGAAGCACAUGAGUACUUUUCCAAGAAUUGCACUGUGAUUUGGUGGAAUUCUCAUAGUGUUGAAAAUAGAAGGCAAAGAAACUAUCAAAAAAUCCCCAGAAAACUUGUUUUUUUACAAGUAAAGUCUGGAUAUGAAGAGAAUUAUAUUAAUUAUAAUCAUGAUAUUAUGGAAUGGGCAUGGUUGAUGCCAGUAAAUAUUUGUUUCAUUUUUUUUAAUGACACAAAACUUUUCUUUGUUGCAAGUUUGUUAUUUGCCUUGUUCGGUUUACUGAAAGAUAAAUUCCCCUGUGGUACUGCCUCAGUGUGCUAUCAUCCAAGAGAAAAGGUAAGAGACAAUCCCAACCCCCCCAGAGUGCUGUUGAACCUGAAAAAGCAUACUCUUCUUUGGUCUUUUUUACAUUUUAAAGAACGGUGCCAUUUUUAGUCACUUGUUGCAUACAGACAUUGGAAAAAUACCUUUGUAAUGCUUUUUUGAGUCAAAAAAUUAAUCUCCACUUUUUUUUUUUCCAAUUUAGUGGCUUAAUGUAUUUUUUUACCCAAGUGGAACAAUUGGCUAAUGACACAAGAGCCUCUCAUGGGGCUACAGGAUGAUUGACUUCGUCUGCCUUACCUUAAGGACCACAUCAAGGGGCUUCAGGGCACCCAUUUCUUGUGGGUUGCUGGUGCUGAAGGAGAGCAGAUCUUUCCUCCUGUUCCUGGCCAGAGGGCUGGCUCUAGCAUUUGUCAGCUCUGAAAGCUGAAGCUGGCUGAACAGAUUAAUGUGGCAGAAAUUGUCCUUUUCCUUUGGUUAAUGUUCUCCCAGAUUAGGGUGUUCUUGGCUCCCAAAGGGUUCAGAGUGCAGUCAGAGAAGAAGUGUGAUGAGACCAUGCUUUUCAGCUCCAGAUAUUCUUACAAAACAGAGCUAAAAUAGCAUUGCUGCUCAAGUACUCCUUGAAGUGAGAGUGAGAGAGAAAGAGGGAGAAAUGCCCUGUGUUACCCCCUGCAACUGCUUGCUUUUGUCCUUUCUCUCUACCCUGAUGAUGUAAAGAAUCAGUGGUGACUGUGUACUGGAGGCUGCAGUCACAGUUUUCCAAACAGCUGUUUGGGAAAUGAAGUUGUUAAAACUCAGUGUGUAUGUUGAAUCCUUUAUCUUCCAUUUUAAAGGUUUUUUACAGUAUUUCGUAUGCCACAGCUGUUAACUCUGAAGUUAUGUUUGACUUGUGUGUAGGCAGUGACAUAGUUUGCAACGUUCAGUUUUUUUUUCAGGGCAGGGAAUUGACUUGAUUGAUUAAAAAAAUUAAUUAUCAGACCUCUUUCAUGCUAUGUUUAUAGCUAUGAAUUUUAUAGAAACAGGAGAUGAAAGCCAAAUUGCCUGUGCUUUUCAGUCUGUCCUUGAAAGUUACCUUUUUAAGCAAUGAAAUCUUGUUGUAUAUGGAAGCCUCAGGAUUUGACUGUUACUGCCUCUAACUGCUGCUUGCAACUCUGAAUUCCUGUCUGUGUCCUUUGCAGCACUUUUUGCUCUCCUCCCAUUUAAACUCCAGCCUAUCUUUUCCCAUGCUGUUCCCUUAUCUUGAAACAAGCAACUUACUGUUAUAUCAAACUCCAUCACUUUCCAAACUCUCCUUGAAGGUUGUUGCUAAUACAGUAUCAGGCAGAAAUUUUUCCUUUGGUAUCUCCACUUGUUCAUCUGAAAAAAAUCCAUGUUAUGCAUCCUUCAGCAGUCAUCUAUUCAUUUGGAUACUGCAGUAUUGGCUUUUUCUUCUUUCACAGCUCAAGCAUUUUUCUUAUGCCUCCAUCCUCAACCAAACAAAACUGAUCCUUGUGUUCUGCCUGUUAAGUGACAAAACCAGUGGAAAUGGAUUCCUCUCCCACCUAAAUUGCUUUGCUUGCCUCAGUGUAUGCUGGAGACUUGAAACUCUGACUCUACAGACAGUACCUUCUGAGCUUUGAGUUGUGUAUGUGUUUGGCCAGAAUAGAAUAAAAAUCUCUUCAUUUCAGGAUAGGAGGGGAAAAAAGUGUGUUUGAAACAUCACACUAUUUCAAAGUGUCAUGGUACUGAAGUGCCAUGUCUGUAUAGACCAAUGCAAAAGCUUAUAGUCUCUUCUCAUUCUUGUUUUAGUCAUGAGAGAAGUGUCAAGGGAGAAUCAGUCCUAGUCAUGAAGUACCACAUUCACUUAGCUGUUGCACACAGUCUGCUUUGAAAUAUGCUGUGUGUUCAGUGGCAGCCUGUUGUAGGGUAAAAGGGCCUUAAGGUCCAUCUGAAGUUACUGAGAACCAUCUGAGCAAGGCUGAUUGUUAUGGUUCACAUCAAUAGAAGAAUUAUAUAGGACUGAAGCCAUAUGGUUUGGUCACAGAACUCUUCUGUAAGAAGAUCCCUGUAUCAAAUGUGAAGACCAGACACUGGCAGUAUGGUAUUCGUGCUCUGAGGACUAGGGUGUAAUACUGACAUUGUGCUUCCACCUUGACAGCUCACGGUAUGCAGUCCAGCCAAUAGAGUUCCAGCAACCUCAAGCCUCCUGAAUUACUUCUGCUGACUGGAAUAGAUUGAAUGGAAAACUGCUACUUGUUAUCCCUACCUUUAGGGAUAGGAAAGUUAUUUUACUGAGCCAAAAUACUGGUUUUUAAAAAAUAUUUGUUCCUUUUGAUAUACUUGUACAAAUGAUGCUAAAGUUUUCAUGCGUGUUAUGUAAAGGCACUUUGAAGAAAGGUGCAUUUUUAAAUUCAAUAAAGGCACUACAAAGUUUUU